GAUCACACAAACACAUGCACAGCUCCUCUUUUUUUUUUUUCUUUUUUCUUUUUUUUUUUUGCUGCGGUAGCAGCUUUGCUGGCUGGACUGUGCUAAGAGGGUGAACUUUGCUCCUGUUUCAUGUUAGUGACGGGAAAUGGAAGAUCAGCUCUAGGGGAUCAUCUCGCUGGUGCUGCCGCCGCUUCCUCUGGUGCAGGCGUGUGGUGGAGGGGCUGGGUUGGGAAGUCGCAGGCAGGCUGCAGCUUGCUCCAUUAGACUUUAUUUACAUACACACUAGCUAUGUGCAGAGAGGAGCUCUGCCUGUGCCUCUGAGGUGGUGGUGGUGGGUUUUGGAAGCUGCCUGAAGAAGCCUCCUCUAGCUGGAAACCUCCUGAGGGCAGCGAGGGGGCAUGCAGGAGGUCUGAGCCGGGGAAUGGGUUUGAGUGCUAAAGGCAGCGCGGUGCUGAGGUGCUGGGGAGCCCGGUGCCGCUGGAGGCGGGAGCAGCAGCUGAGUCCCUCCUGGUCCGGCGUGGCUGGAGGGCGGCCUCGGCCCAUCUUGGACAUGUCCUACUCCCGUCACUUUCUGGAUUUCCAGGGCUCGUCUAUCCCCAGCUCCAUGAAGAAGCUGGUGGUGACAAAGCUGAGCUCAAACUUCCGAGACGCGGUUACCCUGCGGCAAGACUCGCCUGUGCCACUCCCGGGAGAUGGAGACCUCCUUGUCAGAAACAGAUUUGUCGGCAUUAAUGCAUCUGACAUAAACUACUCAGCUGGUCGAUAUGACACUUCAGUAAAACCCCCAUUUGAUGUAGGUUUUGAAGGUAUUGGUGAUGUGGUUGCCUUAGGGCUGAGUGCUAGUGCCAGUUACACAGUGGGCCAAGCUGUGGCGUAUCUGUCACCAGGGUCUUUUGCUGAGUAUACUGUUGUGCCUGCCAAAAAUGCAGUUCCUCUACCCUCUGUGAAACCCGAGUUUCUUACUUUAACGGUAAGCGGCACUACUGCGUACAUCAGUCUAAAGGAGCAUGGAGAAUUAUCUGAAGGCAAGAAGGUUUUGGUCACAGCAGCGGCUGGAGGAACAGGCCAGUUUGCUGUGCAGCUUGCAAAGAAGGCAAAGUGCCAUGUAAUUGGAACUUGCUCUAGUGAUGAAAAGGCUGGUUUUCUAAGAUCCAUUGGCUGUGACCAUUCUAUCAACUAUAAAACUGAAAAUGUUGGUGCAAUUCUUAGGAAGGACUACCCAGAAGGCGUGGAUAUAGUGUAUGAAUCUGUUGGUGGAAAGAUGUUUGACUUGGCUGUCAACUCCUUGGCUACCAAAGGGCGUCUGAUAGUUAUUGGGUUUAUCUCUGGCUACCAAACCCCUACUGGCCUUCAGCCUAUUAAAGCAGAACUGCUGCCAGUAAAACUGCUGAAGAAAUCUGCCAGCAUCCGGGGUUUCUUCUUGAACCAUUACCUUUCCGAAUACUCAAUGGCUCUGAAACACUUGCUCAAGAUGUGUGAAAAUGGAGAACUGGUCUGUGAGGUGGACCUUGGAAACUUGUCUCCAGAGGGCAAGUUCACUGGCUUGGAGUCUGUAUUCCGUGCCGUAGAUUAUAUGUACAUGGGAAAAAACAUUGGAAAAAUUGUAGUUGAAUUACCUCACUCUGUCAACAGUAAGCUGUAAAAACAGAACAAUGAUAUAAAUCAAAAGAGAGAGAAAAUGGGCACGUUGUGCCCCAGAAUUACUAGAAACAAUUUAUUUAACACACAAAAAAAACCCUCUUGGUAAUGGAUAUUAUAUUAAAAAAGCAUUCGGGUGUUAAUAAAAAGUUUUGAUUGUUAAAACACCAAAAAAACCCCAGCUAAAUUAAACCAGUGUCACUGGCAAGAACUUAAAUGUGCCUGUGUUCAAUUCUGUAACUUUUUACAGGCUGUGUUGCCCAGUCUAAUGUUAGAGGCAACCAUUAUUCUGAGCAGUUAAAAUAAGUCUGGUUGCAAAGGCUGAUCCAAUCAGUCUUUCUUCAGUUUGAUAACAUUUUACAAUCCAGUUAGAAACAUGUUAUAUAAAUUAUUUAAACAGAAAGAAAGAGACAGGCCAUGAUCAAAAUGUCCUUAGUUUACAGCAAACAAGUAAAUAUAUAUAUAUUCACAUCUUGUAGGAGUUUUGUUAUUUUAUGAUAUUUCCAGAAAACAGUGAAAAAUCAUAAUUUAAAUGUUUUGGGUAGCAAAGCUGGUAAUAAUACUAGGAUUACAUUGUGCACAUGAGUCAUAUUCCAUAAUUAGUUUUUUAUGGAAAAUGUAUCCUCUGGUUCUAACAUAGCAGAAAUAUAGAAAAAAAAUCCACACAUGAUUUUUUUUCUUUUACUUCCAAAGUUACAAUUUACAAAUUACUCUGCAGCUUUCAGUUAAGCCUUUGGUUACAAUUUGGAACAUUCAUUUUAUAGUUUUGCCUUGAUGUUUAUUAUUAUUACAGUUUAUGCUCUAUUCUCCGCAUUAAUGCACCAGGCAGGCUGACUGUGCUACAGUUUUGAAUUGUGUUCACAUGUACACAGGUCAUGUACUAAACUAAGGAUUUAAUAAAGUCCAGAAAAAUA